AUGGACCUUCAGCACCAUGGGCUCCCUGACCGGGGGCUUGCCAUCGCGACCGCGCCAUUACAAGUACGAGCUGAAGCAUCAACAGUUACGGGGUCCCACACGGUGGUGGCCACACCAAGCUCCACCAUAUCGCCUUAUAACACAGGUCUCAACGGCGUAAACCAACCGAUGAACAUCUUGUUCACCGAACUUUUGUGGUGGAGCUUGGGCAUCGUCGGCCUGGUGUUGCUCGUCAUCAGGAUAGUGGAACUGGCGUGGGCCAAGCUACGACUGCUGACCGCCAUGUCUUUGCCCGGGGAAAAGCAAGAGUUUUGGAGGCGGACGCAGUGGCAUAGGAUGCCGAGCCUGAAGAGGGGACUUCUCUACGCGCCCUUGUGGAAGAAGCGACACAACCGCGAGAUUCGACUGUCCAGCGCCGCCAACAUGGGAACACUCCCCUCGAGACUCCACGCCCUCCUCCUUUUCGGCUACCUGGCAAGCAAUCUCGCGUACAUGUUCAUCCUCGACUGGAAGAAUGAGAACAAGUACGCGCUGUGUGCCGAGAUCCGCGGCCGCUCCGGUACCCUCUCCGUCGUGAGCAUGGUUCCGCUCAUCAUCUUCGCCGGGCGCAACAACCCGCUGAUCGGCCUGCUCAACGUCAGCUUCGACACGUACAACCUGUUGCAUCGGUGGAUGGGUCGCAUUUCCGUCAUCGAGGUCAUCAUCCAUUUCAUUGCCUGGGCUGUGGUGCAGGUGGCAGACGACGGAUGGGCGGGCGUGCAGCAUAAGAUACUUCACGACCGCUUCAUUGGCUACGGCACUGUUGGUGUGGCGGCCAUGACCAUCCUUAUGAUCUUGGCCUUCUCUCCGAUCCGGCAUGCCUUCUACGAGACCUUCCUCAACACUCACAUCAUCUUGGCCCUGAUUGCUUUCAUCUGCACUUGGGUACACUGCGUCUCCGCCUCGGUAGGCGCCCUUCCGCAAACCCCAUGGAUCCUCGCCAUCUUGGCAUUGUGGUUGGCCGAGAGAACAGCGCGCAUGCUACGGCUGGCCUACGUCAAUUGGUCCAGCCGCGGCUUCACCGAGGCUUUUGUCGAGGCCGUCCCCGGCGAGGCCUGCCGCGUGACUAUGCACGUCCCGCGAUCCGUCACGAUCAAGCCCGGCCAGCACGCCUAUGUCCGGUUCGCGGGCGUCAACUGCUGGGAGAACCAUCCCUUUUCCAUCGCUUUUUACGAGCACGCGUACCGCAGCGACGACAUCCUCCCAAUCAGCGAAAAGGACCGCCCCGACAGGACCCGCAAACCCGUUGGCACGACCGUCUCGUUCCUCAUCGGCGCGCACACGGGCUUCACCCGCAAGCUGUACAACACGGCCCUCCGGUCGCAAUCCCGCUCCGUCUCAAUGCGCGCCGCCCUCGAGGGGCCCUACGCCGGCCACCAUAGCAUGGACAGCUACGGGCACUGCGUCCUGUUCGCGGGCGCCACGGGCAUCACGCACCAGAUCAGCUACCUGCCGCACCUGAUCGAAGGGUUCAACGCCGGGACGGUCGCGACGCGGCGCGUGACGCUCGUUUGGAUCGUGCGCGACUACGAGGUGCUCGAGUGGGCGCGCCCCUGGAUGGACAAGAUCCUGCGCAUGCCCAACCGCAAGGCCGUCCUCCAGAUCCGGCUGUUCGUCACGCGGCCCAAAACGGCCAGCCAGGUCGUCUCAAGCUCCACCACCGUCCAGAUGUUUCCCGGCCGGCCCAACAUCCCCAUGCUGCUGGCCAAGGAGGUCGGCGAGCAGAUGGGCGCCAUGUGCGUCUCCGUCUGCGGGCCGGGCGGGCUGGCGGAUGACGUGCGUGACGCCGUCAGGAAGGUGCAGGCCCACGGGACGGUGGUGGACUUUGUCGAGGAGAGUUUUACUUGGUAA